CUCUGGUCAGCUCAGGAACGAAACCAUAACCAGCUACUGCUACUACUACUGCUACUGCUACCGCGUCUGCUGCUCCUGCUCCUGCUACUUCUACUUCUACCCAACGAUAGUCUUGAUACGCUGACUAGUCCUGACACUACUUUUAUCAACACUGCAAUGCUCAGAUGACCACAACCAUGGCAGAGACAGACUUGAUGCUCUCCCUUACAUCCCUCCCUCUUCCACAAGAUGCACCAGGCUUGAAAGAAGAGCUCUCACUUGAUCGUAUACUCCAUCAAAUCGGCCGUGAACGGGGCUCCUUCCGCAAUUUCACUGAAGAAUCCAUUCAAGCUGAGCUCGAGGAUCCUGAGCAUGCUCUCAUUUCUUUGACUGCGCCUGUCUCUGUCAUUGCAGAAGAUGACAAGAAAGCUCAGGUCGAUACGCGUGUACAGCUCAAAGAGACACUACUCACUUCACUCGGUACUGCACUCAACGAAUCUGCUCUUGCACUCGACUUCUUGUCGCUACUACUUUCUAAUGACAACAAGCAUGCAGAUGCAAGCAUGUCGCCUGCGCUGAAACAAGCUACGCCGGCUGGUAGUCUGGCCUAUCACCCUUACUUUCGAGAAGAAGAUUCAGCAAUUGCAGAAAGUGGAGCAAUGCAAGUCCAGCAAGCCGCCUUAGGUCUCCUCUCUCACUCUUUGACAUCUGCAAGCGAUCAAUUAUCAAAAGCCAGCGACGACGCCGACUCAGAUCGUGCGCUCGAUCAAACCUUUUGGAGAGAUGUAGCUGCCUUGCAAGAAGCAGGCUGGCAUGUGUUCAAGCCGCGAUCAGGCACACAGACGUCCAUCAGUGUUCAUUUUGGUCCCCAUCCAUCACAUGCCAUCACACUCAAUAGAUCAGCGACUGGAUCGAUUGAUACUUCUACGCUUAGCAGUCGGGAUUUGUCUCUUCGCUGCAAUAUUCGCAAAGGAAGCAGUAUCGUCGCUUCCUAUAGCGAGCAUCACAGUCGUACCCAACAAGACGACACGCCGACACUAGCGAACAAGCUGACGAGAGCUCGACAAAGUAUCUAUGAUGAAGGCUUGUUUAGCGAUUUGGUACGAGAAUGUCAAAUGCAAACACACUUGGCCGCACAAGUUGAGCCGUCUUCUAUUUCGUUCCUCUUGUCUCCUCGACAAGAUGUUGCGCUAGAAAUCCAGCUUAUUGAAGACCAAGAUCAACAGGAAGAAACGACCUUAGCCGACAGCUCAGAACAAGAGCGUUAUUCAGUACUAGCUCGCACAGUUUUCAUACUGCUCAACGAGGGAUAUCUCAAGAAGCAGCAGCAACCACGCGAUGCGGUUCCAUCGUCUAUUCUGACCGGCAUCAUAGGAUGUUUGACGUUUGGUCAAGCUCGACAUGCCCUUGUCUCUGCUCUCGAGGAAAGAAGGGAUACACUGAACCGGUAUGAAUGGGAGAAACCUGCUCAAGUCACCGUCAUCACAAACGCAAGGCAGCAAGAAACAGAGGAUUGUGAAUUGCACGCGCAGCGAGCCACCAUCCAGUUCAGCCACAUGUCUCUGCAAAGCACAAUUGCCGUCGAGCCAGAAAUGACAGGACAAGGUCAGCCGACUGCAGUACAUGUCCUGAAGAUGUCGCUGGACACAGGCGCGUCUCAAGCACGUACACUAACAACAAAUGACUUGUCUUACGUGUUGCGGACACUGGAUAGAGAGAUCCAAGCAGCAGUCAUCCGUGCCGUGCUUAGCGACGCUGCAGGGGAUGCACAGCAAGUCUCAGACUGUCAAGUCUUGUUCAAAAAUAACAGGCUAUAUCAAGUUUCGAUUGGACAGGGUGGUCGCAUCUUGUUGGAUUGGCAGGGACGUGAGGGAAGUCAAGAACCGCAUGAGCAUGGAUAUAAGCGGGUUUUCGCAUUCAUGAAUCGAUAGUAAAGGUGAGGAAAGCUUAUCGUAUAGUCGCGGUUGUACUGCUUUUGAAGAGGUGAAGUGCCUACGAGCUGCCAACUGUCUUGUUAGUCGCAUAAGUCAAAGUCAAGAGCAUACCCAAGACACGGUUGAUGGGGAUGUGAAUGAGCUUGACAAUGAAGCCAACGAAGCCCAUAACGAGGAAGCC